CCGUAACUCGAGAUUUCCAACUCGAAAUUAUCCAACCCGACCCGAUUGCCAGCUCUAUUUAUGAGCCAAUGUUGGACCUAAAAAUAGUUACUCCACAAAUAUUAAUCAAUUAUGCAUGCCUUUUGGAGGGGAAAAACAAAACUAUUUUGAAGAUGCAUUCAAGGUGUACGAGAGAGGGGUCAAAAUAUUUAAGCCACCAAGUCAGUUCCAGAUAACGAGAAGUUGAGCAUGUAUGAAAGUUACAUUGCCUGUGCUGCUGAAAUCUUUGGUCUCUCAAAAACAAGAGAAAUAUACGAACAAGCGAUAGAGUCUGGUCUCCCGGUCAAAGAUGUCAAUAAAAUGUGUCUCAAGUAUGCAGAGUUAGAGAAGAACUUGGGAGAAAUAGACCGAGCGCGAGGAACUUACAGAUUUGCAUCUCGGUUGGCUGAACCGAGAUCUGAUCAAGAUGUCUGGAUUAAGUGGCAUGACUUUGAGGUCCUCCAUGGAAAUGAAGAUACCUUCAGAGAAAUGCUGCGAAUCAAACAAACUGUUUGUGCUAAUCACAACCAGUGCUGCUGCAAAAGAUGGCAACAACAGAAAAACGCUAGGGUUCGUACGGGCUGGAGUGCAGACACAGACUGAUGGCGGGGUAAAAGUUACGGAAAAUCGAGAAGACAUUGAGCUACCAGAAGAAAGCGACUCCGAUGGUGAUGAUGAGAAAGUGGAAAUUGUAAAGAAGGAUGUUCCAUCUGAGGUCUUUGGAGGACUGGUCAGAAAGAGGGUUGAUUCGAGGAUAAUGCUCCUGCAAAUAGUGAGAACCGGCGGCUUGGUGCUCUUGAUAGGAUAAAACGACUUAAAGGGCCGAGUGGCGAAAGAUGAAUAGUAAGCCAACGUGUUUGAUAGAUUUUGGUGUUGUUUUCAACGUCCUUCGAGAAGAACUUGUGUGGUGGCUGGUAAAGUUUUGCCAUAUACAGUUGAUGAUGAUGCUGUUGAAAAAGAUGUGACAUUGCAUUCUUCUUUCACAUAUUACCAUUAGAUCAAUACUGAGAUUGAAGCUUGAAAGGGUAAUUUGAUUUGGUUGCUUAUUGGGAGCACAAAAACCAAUAUCGUUCUACAACUCCACUCUUUCACACCCAAAUACUGCUUUCUAGGAAGCUUCACGUGAAGAAAAAAAUGG